CGUCAUGUCAAACGAAAAGGCGUUGUAUGAGGCGGUGUUGACCGCGUCCAAAGACGCAGCGGUCGACGCGCUUCGCCAGAUUGCGCAGGCGCCGCUGCUCUACAAGGCGCGCGUGGCGUAUGCCGUGGCGAGCCCUGCGGCAUUGGAUGCCAUGGCCGACGCGCUCGCCGACGCACUCGUCGCGACAGGCGCGUUCGAUGUAGCGCUUGUUGAGUUUGCGACCACCAAGCGUGUCGCUGCGAAGAACGAACCGAGCACGACCGCCUACGUCAACUGUAUCGCCAAGUGCACGCCCUACGACGCCUGCUGCAUCCCCAUCGACGUUGCGAGUGGCCUCGUCGGUAUGGGCGCCGACAUCUUUCUCUCAAACACCAAAGACGUUAGCUCGGCGAAUUUUGAGGCUCCUUGCGCCGCGCUGGUCUUUUGGCUCAAGCCGCACCGCGCCGGCAUUGUGGGCAUCGAUGUCGUCUUGCCGCUGCUGGACGCUGCUUGCCUCGGUCUCGACAGCCACCGCGACUGCAUGCUCGGUGCCAUGGCCAUCUUCCGGCCGCACACAGCGUACGUUGCCAAGUAUGACAUGCCGCCGUUCCACAAUGCGGGCGGCGAGCGCCAGGCCGGCCGGCCCACCGCGGGGUUUUUGACCCGCUUCAGUGCGGCGCUUCUUCACCUGGCCGAUCUCGAUCUCGUCGUGCUUUGCCUCCGCGACGUCGUCUCGGUGACCAUCGACACGGAGCUCCCGGAGGUUGCAACGUUCGUGCAUGCGUGCUUGACCAAGCACGGCUGGGUGGCGCUUGUCGCGGCCGUCGACGGGCUCAUCCAGCGGUGGUGCGCUGACGGUAAGACCGGCGCGGUACUGCAUUUGCUAUCGAGCCUCGCCGGUGUCACGACCGACGACGCCGUGUGUCCGCCGCUGCAGCAAAUGGGUGUCGGCGAGUUUGUUCGCGCGAGCUAUGCGAUGGCGCAGCGGCAGCGCCGAACCGAUAUCUUGUACACGCACGGCGAAGACCCGGCGCUCCAGACGUAUUGCUUGACGCACAUCGUCUUGCUCGACUGGUACAUCAACGAAUUGGCACCGCACCGUCCAGACAGCUACUGGUACAGUGAGCGCCUGCCACUCGUGCUCGCGGCCCACGUCGACAGCUUCGUCCACCCCGGCUCUAACAGCUUUCCCAACCACCUACCGCCGAUGACGUGGCUCCUGGGUGUGCCGACCGCGAUCGUCAAGGCGUUGGCGAGCCAGCCGGCGCUGCAAGUCGGCACGUUUGUGGACACGGUGCUUUCAGUGAUGUGUACGGUCAAGGCAAACCGGAAGGUCAUUCAUGAUUGGGAGUGGACCCUCUUCUCCGGCGACACUUUGUGCGAUCUCUUGCUUCUCGCAGAUCACGUCGGUCGCGUAGACCCGACGCUGCUUGAGAACUGCUUCUCGAUCUGGGGCGUCACGGCGCUUCUGGGUGUCGCGUCGUUCCUGCGAAAGCAUCCGUGUCCGUUGGCAGCGCCCGAGCGGGCAGCGAUCGCACGCUGCGUCAUGGUGCUCGCAAAUACGCUACCGAAAAACAAGACGGGGUGCGAGGCCGAAGUCGAGCAGAUGUACUUUACAUCCCCAGUGCACCCGACGCUGGAGGCGAUGGACCUUCUGAUGGUCACGGAGCCCGAGACGUUCAAGUCGUUUUUUUCAACGUGGUACCAAGCGUUGGAGCUGUGCCCACGGACGAACCGCCUCUUGUUCUUUCCCGUCCUCGACAAGCUGCACUCAAUGGGCUACCGCGCCAAGAUUGCGCUGCUGCUCGAGGACUCAAUCAAGAUGUGCGUCAACGCGAGGCCCAUCGACUUGGCAAUUCGCGAUGUUGCGAUGGACGCGACGCACUGCUACGAAUGCCGGCUCUUUGAUCGGUUUUUGAGGGACAGUGACAAAUUCUCGUUCCCCCUGCACGGCGACAUGUGCGCGCAAGUGGAAGGCGUGACAAGUCGCCACGCCGAUGAGCUGGCCCACGAUCUUAACAGAGACGCGAGGGUGAUCCGCAAGCGCUGUCCAACGGAUCGCGAUGAGUUCUGGUGGAUCAAUUUCAUGCACACCCAGCAAAUGGCGCGCGAAGACAAGGCGAUGGCAGCAACUCUGGAACGCUACCUCGCCGACAUGGGGCGCCCGUACCGUCGUCGUCGUCCUUGUCGUCCAUCGGGGCGGUUUGCUCGUCCGUCUCCGUCUGCUUGACGAGCUCGACGGAGCCGUCAUCUAUGCAGCCGCGUGAAUGCAAAUGCCGCGUUCCCGCCAGAUCCGAGUCCUAGCGUAAAUAUCUUAAUGACGAUAUUGUCCAUA